CGUGUUUUCGGGCUUUUCUUUAAAAAUAAAAAACUUUCAAAACACGGGGCGUUUCGCGGGGGUUUAUAUAUAAUUUAAAUAAUAAUUUUGCCCACUACAAUCAUACCUCAUUAAGAAAGGUUUUGAUUAUUUUUUAAAGUUUCCGAAAAACUGAUUUUCCAGAACACCGGAUCUUCGAAGUACUAUGGGGGAACCCAUGGUCAUAUUCGGAAUCAACAUGGUCGAUAACCUAUAACCCACUGGAUUUCGAUCAAAAAAAAUGAUUUAUCACCUGAGGUGGUUCCCCGGUAAGAUUUCUUGAGCAUAAAAUGGAUUCAUAGACUUAAGGUUCAACCGUUUUCGUUUAGAACGUAUUAGGUGAAACAAACAACAAUGAUGAUGAAUUUAAACAAACGUGAGUAAAUAAAUUGGUUUUCUUGUGUCAUUUUUUUAAAAUAAUUUUUUUCCUGUCUUGUUGUAGAAAAACAUUUGUGCCCGCUGCUAUGCCGAAACGUUUAUUUCCCGUACAAUUAAAAGUUAUAUUUUAUACUGCAACAGAAUUACCCGAAAUGAUGACUGAUUUUUUUGCUAAUGUUAGUAAAAAAAUUUUAAAUUCUGAAGAUUGGCAACCAGUUGAUCCAUAUGUUGAAGUCAGUUAUAAUGCGUUACAGGCACAAACAGUUGCUCGUAAUGGUACACCCCCUGUAUGGGGUGAAGCUCUCUAUUUUAUUGGUCAAUUUCCCCC